CGGGGAGAGCCCUGAAAGAAUGAAUUGUGUUGAAUUCUAUGAUCCUUAAGUCCUUAAGUUUGCUAUUUAUCUUUCCAGUGAACACUGAUUUAAACAGAAUUUCCACCAGAUGGUGCUGGUAAUAUAUAUAGUGUUAUCAUGUUACAUCCCCCCCUUUUCAAUGAGUGAAACAAACUUUUACCAAAUUUAAAGGGCUUUGAUGCAGAGAAUGACUUGAGCAGCUAGUUCCUGUGUGCUCAGACAAGCUCUGGAGUUCUCUGGGCUCUUGUACCACAAGAACCUCUAGAUUGUCACUGGAUUUGUCAACGCAAAGUUUAUUCACCUCUUUAGACUUCUUGAGUUUUUUGUCUCUGCUUAUCAAGAUGAAAUACCCUCAUGUUUUGGUUUGGUCCUUUAGUUUCUUUGGAUUUACCUGUGGCACUGGGUUCAUGUACCAGUUCCCAGCAACCAACCUGCAACACAACUAUCCUGAUCAGAACUCAGCAUCUUCUAGCAGCUUCUCCAGUAGGAGAAACUGGUGUCAGUUCACUGUUACAAGAACAGUUACCUGUCAAGUACAAAAUGGAUCUGAGACAGUGGUUCAGAGGGUUUACCAGAGCUGCAGAUGGCCUGGACCAUGCACCAAUCUCGUGAGUUACAGGACCCUUCUCAGACCUAUUUAUAAAAUGUCAUACAGAACAGUGACCACCCAAGAAUGGAGAUGCUGUCCUGGUUUCACUGGAAGUAAUUGUGAGGAAGAAUGCAUGAACUGCACUCGACUUGCUGCAAUGGCUGAGAGGUUAAAUAAUCUUGAAGCAAAGAUAAUCAACCUUGUGACUGCUGAGAAAUCAGACAAUGAUCUGCUGAUCACAAGAGAAACAACAUCAUGGAAUGAUGAUUUUCUGCCUGGUGCUAUUCCUCUUCUGAGCCCUGGAAUCAAAUUUAGGAAAGCACUGAAACCACCAACAGGAUCCAAGGGUGAAAAUAUUGAAGAAAAGAGAACAAGAGGGUUACCUGGAGUACCAGGUCCACCAGGUUCAACUGGGCCUAUUGGUUUGCCAGGACCCAAAGGGGAUCGUGGACAAGCUGGAGAACUUGGGCCUGCAGGUCCACCAGGGCCCGCUGGACCACAGGGAUCAAAAGGAUCUCCAGGAGAAACUGGAAAACAAGGACAACCUGGCCCCCCAGGACCUCCUGGCCCCCAAGGCAUACCAAUUUCUCUUCAAGAGGGGGUAAUAUAUUCAUUGCAGCCAAGUGCAGAAAGAGAAAACGGUGAACCACAUUUGCUUUCUACUAUUACAGACACACUUAUGUCUGGACGACCUGGGCCACGUGGGCCACCAGGACCUGUUGGCCCCCCAGGGCCUGUUGGCCCAAGAGGACUGACCGGACCAAUGGGACCUCCAGGACCACAGGGCAAGCCAGGAUUUCUGGGCCAACCUGGCCAACCAGGCGCUAAAGGAGAUCGAGGUGAACAAGGAGAGAAAGGUCAACCUGGCAGUGCAGGAGAACGUGGAAUUACAGGACCACCAGGGCAGCCUGGCAUUAAAGGAGAAGAUGGAAGCAAAGGAGAAGAGGGGGAAGGUGUCCAACAACUUAGAGAAGCCCUAAAGAUCUUGGCAGAGAGAGUGUUGAUUUUGGAACACAUGAUAGGAAUCCAUGACACACCUUCCUCUCUUGAGCCUGGCUCUGGACAGGAUAUCCUGGGUGCCGCUAUUCCCAACAGCAUAAAGCCCAAAAGAGAACAACAUCAGAGGUUCCAGUCCUUCGAUAUCUUUUCUUCACUGCUGGAUGACAGCGAAUCUAGCCGGAAGAAAUAAUGCAUCUUUGGUCUCGUGGCAGAUCAGAAGUCUCCAGUCCACUGAUUAAAGUCAAAGUAUUUUCUUUGAAGAAAUCUCAAAUGUUCUGCUUAAUUUGCAAUUCCAGAAGAACUGUCCCCAGGUUACACGUAUGCCUUCCAGAUGUGCAGUACUUCCUUUUUUAAAUGUAUAACUAAAUGAGAAUUAGACAUAACAGGAGCUCUAUGUAAAGAAGUAUAUUUACCAGUCCUUAGUUUCUAGUUUAAAGAGUUUGUGGCUGAUGAGUGGUUUAGCUCUUCCUCUGUUAACUCUUAACAGGUCAGAUUUACCUUAAAUGCCAAUUUGUGAGAUGCAACACAUUAAAUGUCCAUCAAUGAACCAAAGUUCAUGGUUCUGCAAAACAUAGGGUUUCUGCAAGAUACAGCCAGACAGUCAUUGUUUGGGGUAAAGAAGAAGAUUCUGCCUUUAACACUUGUGAUCUGUGAUUUCAAAGGGAUACUAUCAUCAAAAUAAAAAAUGGUGUUCUUAAAGUACAUGAGGAAGAAUGAUGAAAUACUGCAACACCAGACUUUUGUAAAAAGCUGCAGCACUCAGCAUACUACGCCUGACACAUUUCGGGCGCUUCUUCCCUUAAUCAUACCCAUUAAAAGGUACAUGCAUAGUUUGGUAAAUGAGAUUAGUGUUUAGAAAAUGUGAUUUAUAUUCAUUUUGAAAAACUCCAUUAUCCGGAAACCUGUUAUCCAGAAAGCUCAGAUUUGUCGGUAGGCCAUCUCCCAUGGAUUCCAUUUGAAUCAUAUAAUUCAUUUUUUUUUUUAAAUGAUUCCCCGUUUCUCUGUAAUAAUAAAACAGUAACUUGUACUUGAACCAAACUAAGAUAUUAAUCCUUAUUGGAGGCAAAAACAGCCUGUUGGGUUUAAUUAAAUUCUCGAUGUAACGGCACUAAGAUCCAAUUGAUGGAAAGACCCCUGAUCUGGAAAACCCCAGGUCCCGAGCAUUCUGGGUCCCGUACCUGUAGUUUUUUUUUGCACCCUGCAGUCUGAUGAUUAAAUUGUCAAAUAUUAAUAUAAUUUACUGAUAUCACCAUUUGCUGCACUCAGCACCUCUCACCCAAAAAAAUUGUGAAUCUAUAUGAUCUACAAGUUAGGUUAUGGGUAGGGGGCUGGAGGGGUGUAACUUUGUGCCUACCAGUAGAAAAGCAGGUUUCUGAGCUCUGUUUUGAUGUGCAGAGACCCACAGAAAUUCUUCUAGCUGCGAGACUGAGUGGAAAGUACAAAAUUCAUGGCAAAAUCUUUUUGCACUGUGCACCCUGAGAAACUGACUAAUAGAAAACGACAGUAUAUUAUCUCUGUGCAAGAUCCCAUGAACAAAGGGAAAAGUCCUUCGAUCUUUACCGAUUCGUAUCCCAAUUCGUUGCAAAACAAGAACAGUUAGAUUCAGCUUAGAAUCACUGAAAUCAUAUUGUUUCAGGUGGAAAAAAAUUGUUUUUAUUUCAUUAUAGUGUCCCUGUCUUUGCUCUGUCCCAAGCAGUUUUGAUUUGAGAUUCUAUACCAUUUUGUGUUCCAUGUGUUCUGAGUUUA